AUGAAUAGUUUCAUAGAAACAGUGAAGGAGGACUGUAUGUAUGAAAUAUCGAAAUAUCAAUUUUAUAGAACAAGAGCAAAAUAUGCAGCGAUUGUGAUGGGACUUGUUGAGGAACAAUACAAGAGUCUUUGGGACUAUGGGAAAGAGUUGAAGAAAACUAACCCUGGAAGUACUGUGCAGGUUGAGGGAACAAGAGGUGUGUUCAAGAGAAUGUAUGUAUGCUUGGGGGCAUGCAAAGAAGGUUUCAAGGCUAGUUGUAAACCUGUGAUAGGACUUGAUGGGUGUUUUCUGAAGACUACACAUGGGGGUCAAUUAUUGGUAGCAGUGGGGAUUGACAGUGAGAAUUGUAUGUUCCCAGUUGCUUGGGCAGUCAUGGAUGCAGAGAAUAGAGCCAACUGGACUUGGUUUAUAGAACUUUUGGUGGUGGAUAUAGAAAUGUAUAAUAGUAGGGCUUUGACUUUCAUAUCUAACAAGCAAAAAGGAUUGGCUGCAACCAAGUCUACAACUGUACCAAAGUGGAAUGCAGUUAUGAAUGAGAUGAAGACAGUGAAUGAAGAAGCCUUCUGUUGGUUUAAGGAAAAGCCUACAGUUCAAUGGACGAGAUCCCAUUUCCAGGAGCAUACGAAGUGCGAUAUCUUGUUGAAUAACUUGUGCGAAGUUUUCAAUGCCUCCAUCGUUGUAGCUAGGGAGAAGCUUAUAAUCACAAUGUUGGAUAAGAUAAGGCAUCAACAAAUGACACGGAUGGUUGCAAAAAGGGAGGCAGCUCAAAGAAAAUGGCAACCGAGUGGAAUUCCCUGUGCACAUGCCGUUUCUGGUACUCUGUCAAAGAGAAUAGACAUAGAUGAAUUUGUAGAUGAAUAUUACAAGAAGGAGAGAUAUCUGAUGGCAUACAACCCCGUGAUUCAGCCAAUGUCAGGGCCCGAACUUUGGCCUGAAUUAGGGAAACACCCAUUGAAGCCACCAGUAAAGAAGAAGCAGGCAGGCAGGCCUAAAAAGCUCAGAAAAAGAUCUCAGACCGAACUACCCACUGGAGUUAAAAUGAGCCGAACAGGCAUGUAA